UCCAAGUCUGUCAACCACCGCAACAGCGAGUGAGAUAAGCAAGAAAAUACAUAUUCACGGGGUGCAUACGCGUUCACACUGUCCUCCACCCUGCAUUUCGUAAUCGAUUGACCAAAAACGGGUCGUUGAAUCCAAAGAUUCUACAGUGCUUCUAUUGCUUUCCACGCUAGUCUCUCCACAGGGCCGCAUUUCUUCCACCUUCAAUCUGCUUCCUCCAGACAAACACUUUGACUGAACAACAAUCAACGCCCAUUACAUAAACUGCGACACACGUUGAAUCGCAUCCGGACUUGAACGGAAAACCACAUCACACAAUCACGACCUUGAAAAUGACUACCCUCACCCCAGAAGUCCUUUGGGCGCAACGCUCAUCCGCCGACGAACCGAGCAAGAACGUGGUUUAUCUUACCAUCGUUGCCCCUGACCUAUCGAACGAAGACCUGAAGCUUGAAAUCAAGGAUCAAUCUCUCAGUUUCAAGGGUACCUCUACUUCCAAGAAGGCCACAUACGCCAUCGACCUUGAGUUCUACGCCGAGAUCGACACCGAAAACUGCAAAUGGUUUAACAACGGCCGUGGCAUUGAUUUAUUACUAAGAAAGAAGGAGCACAAGCAGGAGUACUGGCCUCGUCUGCUCAAGGAACCAAAAAAGAUGCACUUCCUCAAGACUGAUUUCGACAAGUGGGUCGAUGAGGACGAGCAAGACGAAGUUGCGGAUGACCUUGACACGUCCGCAAUGAACCCCAUGGGUGGUGGUGAUGGAGGCUUUGGCGGCAUCGACUUCAGCAAGCUUGGUGCAGGUGGCAUGGGUGGCAUGGGUGGCAUGGGUGGAAUGCCUGGAAUGGAGGGCAUGGACAUGAGCCAAAUGAUGGCAAACAUGGGCGGUGGUGCCCCCGGCGGCGACGACAGCGACGAUGAUGACGACAUGCCUGAGCUUGAAAACGAUGAGGACAACAAGGAGAAGGCGCCCGCAGCCGCUGCAUCAGGUGACAAGCCCAAGAUUGAGGAGGUCGCAUAAACAGGCCACUAUCCUUGUGUUUAACGAGUUGUACCACAUGAAAUUGAGCGGGCGGCGCGCAUGACGGAUCGGCGUUCACACAAUCUUUGGUGGAAUGAAUGGGAGUGUAAUCCGAAAUGGCCAAGUACGGCUAUGGGUCUAUGAGCCGCUGCUGCUUCACAACUUUAGCGUGUGGAUGCAGAUGACGAUCAAAUCAUGCAGUACAUGACAAAACAAUACGAAUCAUGUUUUUUCCAUGAAUGAGAGAAAUAUUGCC